AACUUCACAGUGUGACACCUGGCGGAUGUAGCAUGAGCAGAGUUAGCUUCACUGCUGUGUGGACUGAGCUCUAAAACGGCUGUAUUUAUCGUAUGAAUGAGAAAUAUCAGAGCGAUAAAGUAACGAUGUGUUCAGUUGAGUAUCUGAGAGAGUUGAUCAGCGACAGACUAACUGCUGCUGCUGGAGAAAUAUUCACAGAGUUUGAAAAAAACAUCGUCCAGUACCAGGAGGAGAUCGAUCGUCAGCGCAGACUGCUGGAUGUCAUCUGGAAACCACACAUCCCCUUACAGCUCAUAGAGCUCCCACAGUCUUAUGUCUGUGAGAAUGAGAAGACUGUUGUUGACCAUCAGCCCCAUGACCAGGAGAGAAACUCCAUGGUGGACCAUGAGGACCCAGAGCCUCUACAGAUUAAAGAUCAGCAGGAGGAACUCUGCACCAGUCUGGACCAAUCAAACCCCGAGAUUUCUCAAAUUAAAAUGGAACAGGAAGAAUUGUGCACCAGUCUGGACCAAUUAAACCCAGGAUUACCACAAAUUAAAAUGGAACAGGAAGAAUUGUGCACCAGUCUGGACCAAUUAAACCCAGAGUUUUCUCAAAUUAAAAUGGAACAGGAAGAAUUUUGCACCAGUCUGGACCAAUUAAACCCAGAGUUUUCUCAAAUUAAAAUGGAACAGGAAGAAUUGUGCACCAGUCUGGACCAAUUAAACCCAGGAUUACCACAAAUUAAAGUGGAACAGGAAGAAUUGUGCACCAGUCUGGACCAAUCAAACCCAGAGAUUUCUGAAAUUAAAAUGAAACGGGAAGAAUCAUGCACCAGUCUGGACCAAUCAAACCCAGAGAUUUCUCAAAUUAAAAUGGAACAGGGAGAAUUGUGCACCAGUCUGGACCAAUUAAACCCAGGGUUACCACAAAUUGAAGUGGAACAGGAAGAAUUGUGCACCAGUCUGGACCAAUCAAACCCAGGGUUACCACAAAUUGAAGUGGAACAGGAUGAACUCUGCUCCAUUCAGGAGGAAGAGUUAAUUGGAUUGAAACAGGAGACUGAUACCUUUGAGGUGACUCCUGCUGAUGAGGAAAGUGACCACAGUGAACCAAAACCAAACAGUGAUCAGCUCCUGUUUCACAUCUCUUGUGCAGCUGAGAGCCCAGAUCAGGAAGGAAGCAAGGAUGUAGACUCAGGAUCAACUAGAUGUAUGGAGCAGAAACCGAGACAUCAGAGUAACAGCAGUCACAGUAAUGAUGUAGACAAUGCUCCAACGUCAGAGAGACAGUGUGAUAAUGACAAGGCAAGAAAAUCUUUACCAUGCGAUGUCUGUGGAAAAUCUUUUAGGUAUAAAUCAGUUUUAAUCAAACAUCACAGAACCCACACAGGUGAGAAGCCGUAUUCUUGUGAAACCUGUGGAAAAACCUUCAUUCAACGUUCCCAUUUGACUGCCCACAUGAGACAUCACACAGGUGAGAAGCCAUAUUCUUGUGGAACCUGUGGAAAAAGCUUUAGUCGACGGUCCCAUUUGACUAAACACAUGAGACUUCACACAGGUGAGAAGCCAUAUUCUUGUGGAACCUGUGGAAAAAGCUUCAGUCAACGGACCAAUUUGACUGUCCACAUGAGACAUCACACAGGUGAGAAGCCAUAUUCUUGUGGAACGUGUGGAAAAAGCUUUAGUCGACGGACCUCUUUGACUAAACACAUGAGACCUCACACAGGUGAGAAGCCAUAUUCUUGUGGAACCUGUGGAAAAAGCUUCAGUCAACGAACCUAUUUGACUAAACACAUGAGACUUCACACAGGUGAGAAGCCAUAUUCUUGUGGAACCUGUGGACAAACCUUCAUUCUACGUUCCCAUUUGACUGUCCACAUGAGACUUCACACAGGUGAGAAGCCAUAUUCUUGUGGAACCUGUGGAAAAAGCUUCAGUCAACGGGGCUCUUUGACUGUCCACAUGAGACGUCACACAGGUGAGAUGCCGUAUUCUUGUGGAACCUGUGGAAAAAGCUUUAGUCUACAGAACCAUUUGACUGUCCACAUGAGACAUCACACAGGUGAGAAACCGUAUGUUUGUAACACUUGUAGAAAAAGUUUUUCUGAUUCAUCAGCACAUUAUAGGCACAUGGCAGUUCACGAAAUGGAAAAGCCAUAUUCUUGUGGAACCUGUGGAAAAAGCUUUAGUCGACGGGAGCGUUUAACUGCCCACAUGAGAUGUCACACAGGUGAGAAGCCAUAUUCUUGUGGCACGUGUGGAAAAAGCUUCAGUCAACCGAGCUCUUUGACUGAACACAUGAGAUGUCACACAGGUGAGAAGCCAUAUUCUUGUGGAACCUGUGGAAAAAGCUUCAGUCAACGGGGCUCUUUGACUGAACACAUGAGACGUCACACAGGUGAGAAGCCAUAUUCUUGUGGAACCUGUGGAAAAGGCUUCAGUCAACGGGCCCAUUUGACUGUCCACAUGAGACUUCACACAGGUGAGAAGCCAUAUUCUUGUGGAACCUGUGGAAAAGGCUUCAGUCAACGGGCCCAUUUGACUGCCCACAUGAGACUUCACACAGGUGAGAAACCGUAUGUUUGUAACACUUGUAGAAAAAGUUUUUCUGAUUCAUCAGCACAUUAUAGGCACAUGGCAGUUCACAAAAUGGAAAAGCCAUAUUCUUGUGGAACCUGUGGAAAAAGCUUUAGUCAACGGACCUAUUUGACUGCCCACAUGAGAUGUCACACAGGUGAGAAGCCGUAUUCUUGUGGAACAUGUGGAAAAAGCUUCAGUCAACGGGGCUCUUUGACUUACCACAUGAGAUGUCACACAGGUGAGAAGUCGUGAUCCUGAAACAUCUGUUGUUGUGAAGCAUGGCGAUAUGAGAGCCCAGAAUCAGCCACAAAGGGGAGACUCUGACAGAACAACAGCUAAAUAAGGGAACAUUGUGAUAUUAUAACCUGUGAUUUAUGAUCAAAUUAUGCCAUAACCUAAUGAAUGUGUUUGAUCUAACCAAGUGUCUAUUCUUACAUUCUUUAAUGUUGAAACUGUAGAAAUCAGAAGAGCAGCUCACUGUGAAAAGUGAUGUUCUUGGUUACCAUAGGAAACUGAUGUGUUUGAUAGAUUUGACUAAAAAGAGGAACUUGUGCUUUAUGAAAUGGGAAUGCUUUUAAGAGUUUUGAUUACUAUGAAACUGAGAUGUUUUAGAAAGAGUUUUGAUAACUGUUAAAAUAAGAGGUUUUAACUUUGCAAUGAUGUGAGAAGUCAUGAGUUAAGUGAACUAGGGUCAAGUGUUCACUGUAAAGAUUAAACUCAAAAUAGACUGGGUUUUUUAAUAAGUCUGUACACAUUGUCCAAAAGAUUGCACAAUGGGAUGCCAGCAACGGUUAGAGGCUGACAUCUGCUUUUCCAUUUCCUGAUCAGGAGCCUGUGCUGAGCUGCAGACAGGAGAGAUCGGGGGGGCAAGAUGGGCUGUCUGGACAGUCCAAAACAGACAGUUUCAGUUCCUUAAAGGUUGUUGCUAGAGAUACGGACCCGUACUCGUAGCCUGUGGACUACGGAUACGGCACUUGCCAUUUGCCAAUCAGAUAUAUGAGAUCUGGUCACGUGACUCCCGGUAGACGCUAGCGGUACGGACCCGUAGCAUCGGUACUACAGGUACGGACCCUAAACCUGACCCUAACACUAACCCUAACCUUAACCUUUGCUUACCUUUCGACAGUUUGCAGUGGUUAGCAGCUUCUUGACUUGCGAGACUCGCGUACGGGUCCGUAUCUGUCUGGCAAAUGGAAAGUGCCGUAUCCGUAGCCCACAGGCUACGGGUACGGGUCUGUAUCUGUAGACACUACCUUCCUUAAAAGUGGAGGUGUCCAUGCAGUCAGUGUAUGGGACAAGUGUGCGAGUUGGGAGGGGGUAGAGAUGAAGUUAUUGCUCAACUUAAUUUAGUAUGAGAUCAUUGCUAUGUCAAUUAAGGGUGAAGUCAUUGCAUAUGCAUAAGGUUCAGUAAACUAUAAAUUACAUCUGAUCGAGACGCAAGUUGGGAGUCGUUGGGUGAUAGUCGCUUGAUGCAAACCAGGGUAGAAAUGCCCUGAGCUAAGGGGAUUUUACCACGUACCUCGGACGGGGAAUUCAACAUGAUCUGCAAAGGAAUAACUGUUCUGAUGGAGUUAUGGAUUAAAGGAACUGCUCUUUCUGCAUUGAGGAUUACAGAACUGUGAUCUGGAUAUAACACUGUCUGAAGGAACAUUACUGAACUCUAUUUUCCAUGUGAGGAAUAACAUCUGAAUGGAUUACAAAGUUUAUUGGCCCAAACAACAAAAAUGGAUACAUGCAGAUCUAAAUCUGGUCCAGACCCCCGUCCACUUCCCGCUGGGCCCCGGCGGGUCUCAAACACUUGUCGGGUCUCAGGUGAGCAGUCAGGGUGUGGCCACACCCUGACUGCUCUCCCUCCAAAUUACAUAUUUUGGGUGAUUAUUGCUCUUCUUUUAGGAAAGCAUAGUUCCACUUAUGAGUCGUGUUAAACAAUUGAAAGAAUAUUGAUGUUUGAUUAUUUGUCUGAUGAUUUAUUGGCUAUGCUUUUGCCCUGCUAAAAUAUAUUUUAAUAAAGGAUUAUUCUGCAAUUAAAGACAACAAA